AUGCCUCACACUGAGGACAAGGUACCUCACACUGAGAACAAGGUUCCUCAUUGUGAGGACAAGGAACUUCACGCUAAGGAGAAGGUUCCUCAAGUUGAGGACAACGUACCUCACACUGAGGACAAAGUAGCUCACACUAAGGACAAGGUUCCUCUCGCUGAGGACAAGGUUCCUCACGCUGAGGACAAGGUUCCUCACGCUGAGGACAAGGUCCCUCACGCUGAGGACAGGGUUCCUCAUGGUAAGGACAAGGUACCUCACACUGAGGACAAGGUUCCUCAUGCUGAGGACAAGGUACCUCACACUGAGAACAAGGUACAUCACACUGAGGACAAGUUUCCUCACGCUGAGAACACGGUUCGUCCCGCGGAGGACAAGGUUGCUCACUCUGACGAUAAGGUUCCUCACAUUGAGGACAAGGUACCUCACACUGAGGACAAAGUACCUCGCACUGAGGACAAGGUACCUCACACUGAGGACAAGAUACCUCACACUGAGGACAAGGUUCCUCACGCUGAGGACAAGGUUGCUCACGCUGAGGACAAGGUUCCUCACGUUGAGGACAAAGUUGCUCACGCUGAGGACAAGGUUCCUCACGUUGAGGACAAGGUACCUCACACUGAGGACAAGGUACCUCACACUGAGGACAAAGUACCUCACAUUGAGGACAAGGUACCUUACACUGAGGACAAGAUGCGUCACACUGAGGACAAGGUUCCUCACGCUGAGGACAAGGUUCCUCAAGCUGAGGACAAGGUUCCCCCUCUUGAGGACAGCGUACUUCACACUUCAUGAUGAAAAUUACCACUCUAACUAUUACUCUAAUAUAAAUUUUAAGUUUUCUGAAAUUAGUAUGGAUGAUAUUAUUUGUCAAUUACGUAUUAGUCUACCGGUAUUGAUAACAUCCCUGCUAUAACUCUUAAGUUGUCUGCGGAAGUUAUUGAUCCUUCAUUAACAUGGAUUUAUAAUCUUUCAAUCAAAACUGGGAUAUAUGUUGGUGAAUGGAAAAAGGCGUGGGUAAUGCAAAUUUUUAAAUCAUAUUAUAGACAAAGAUGUGAAAAUUACCGACCGAUAUCUAUAUUGCCUAUUGUCAGUAAAAUACUAGAGAGUUCGGUUUUCAACCAGAUUUAUAAGUUUUUGAAUGAUAAUUCGCUGCUAUCUAAACAUCAAUCUGGCUUUCGGCCUAAGCAUUCAACUUUAACAACACUCAUUCAAAUGUGUGACACACUUUAUGAGAACAUGGAUAAUGGUCAGUUGAGUGGUUUUGUUUUCCUUGAUAUUAGAAAAGCUUUUGAUUCUAUUGAUCAUACAAUCUUAUUGCAAAAGAUGAAUGGUCAAUUUGGAAUAAAAAAUGUGGAACUGGAUUGGUUUAAGUCCUAUCUAACUAAUAGAGAGCAAGCAUGCAUUGUCAACGGUGCAAUGUCAUCACCUAAAACGAUUGUGUGCGGAGUUCCGCAGGGAUCAAUUCUUGGUCCCUUGCUGUCUUUAUUAUAUAUUAAUGAUUUACCCGAAUGCCUCAAAAAACUUCGCCACACCUAUACGCUGAUGAUACUCAAAUUUCAACUUCUGCCAAAACUAUUGAGGAACUUACUGAAAAUCUAA